AUGGAGUCUACAGCCAAGUAUGACUAUGAAGCCACCACUGAUGGUGAACUCAGCUUCAGAAAAGGACAGUGCUUGAAGGUGAUGCAGACUACUGGGAAUUGGUACAAAGCAGAAAUCAAUGAAUUUGAAGGCUACGUACCCAAAAAUUUCAUCGACAUGGUGCUGCCCAGCUGGUAUCAGGAGGACAUUAGUCGGAGUGAGGCUGAGAAGAAGCUUAUGUCACACUAUGUGGGGGCCUUUCUCAUACGGGCCAGCCAACAACACGGCCGUGGAAACUUCUCCAUCUCUGUCAGACAUGAAAAAGAUGUUCAGCACUUCAAGGUGAUGCGGGACAGCAGGUGGCAGUAUUACCUCUGGUCUAAAAAGUUCCCCUCCCUCAACCAGCUGGUGGAAUACUACAGAAAAAACUCCAUCAACAAAGAGGAACAACUAUUCCUACGGGACAUACCACCACCACAACCACAACAACAGCAAAGACGGGGCUCAAAUAUUGUACUGCCUCUCCCCAAACCUGCCCCUAGGUCUGACCCCAGUCCUGUUCAAAGUCCUGUCCUCAGUCCUGAACGCAAGCCUGCCCGCAGGAAUGCUCCAAAGCCUGACCCAAUCCCGUCCUCAGUCCUGAACGCAAGCCUGCCCGCAGGAAUGCUCCAAAGCCUGACCCAAGUCCUGCUCCAAAGUCUGACCCCAGUCCUGUCCCCAGGCCUGAUCCAAGACCUGAUCCCAGACUUGCCCCCAGUCCUGUCCCCAGGCCUGAUCCAAGACCUGAUCCCAGACUUGCCCCCAGUCCUGCCCCCAGGCCUGACCCCAGUCCUGUUCGCGGUCCUGCCCCCAGUCCUGAGCCUGCUCCUCGACCUGUACCUGCACCACGACAGCACAAAGCCUUCAUGCCGCAGGUCAAAGCUCUGUACGACUUCGAAGCCGAGGAGAAAGACGAGCUGGACUUCACCGCCGGCGACGUCAUCAAGGUCCUGGAGUGCUCGCAUGACAACUGGUGGAAAGGCCAGCUGAGGGGUAAAAUAGGCCUGUUCCCCUCCAACUACACCA